CAUGCACACGCACAUGCAGACACACACCCCUAACCACCACCUCCACCAGUUCUUCUUUCUUCUCCCUGUUGAACGGGAGCUCGGGGAGCGGGAGUGAGCGAGGUACGGUUCGGCCCUUCGGAUGCUCGGCGGCGCGGGGAAGAAGCUGCUCCUGCCGCUGCUGCUGCUGCUGCGGAUAUCCGCCUCUCACCUGCCUCCUGAACACGGACUCGUCGUGUCGCCUCUUCCUCCCGGUUGUGUGAACGCCAGAUAGAUAGAGCAAAAGACUGGUGACGGUUUCGUAACGCUCUGCACCGGUGCUAGCAGCAGCAGCAGCGACGGAGGGACUCGUCAUUUUCCUUCCACGGAGGAUGCGGAUUUAACGGAGAAACGUUAUCAGCGUCACCUGGGAUUUUUUUUUUACACCGUUAAAAUUCGAAUUAGCUUCGGUCGCAGGCUUCGAUAGCAGAGGGAGGUUUUUUUUUACACCGCGGUAGAAACAACAUCGACAGGGGUUUUUCUUCCAGAAGACAAAACAAGAGGUUGAAUGUGUUUUCCUCCAGCUCAGACACCAUGAGCACCAUCUCACCGACAGACUUUGACAGCUUGGAGAUCCAGCAGCAGUAUAAUGACAUCAACAACCGCUGGGAUCUGGCAGCAGAGACAGACUGGGAUAAUGAGAACAGUUCAGCACGCCUCUUUGAGCGCUCGCGAAUCAAGGCUCUCGCAGAGAGAAAAGCGGCAAUGGAGUUGGACCACAGGGAAAGAGAGCCCUGCUUGUCCCCAGCAGCAUUUGUUAAUCAGGUGCAAUACUCAAACAUCUUGGAAGGCAGGUUUAAACAGCUGCAAGAUGAGCGUGAAGCGGUUCAGAAGAAGACCUUUACCAAAUGGGUGAACUCUCACUUAGGCCGAGUGACCUGUCGCAUUGGUGAUUUGUACACCGACCUACGCGAUGGCCGCAUGCUAAUCCGCCUCCUGGAAGUGCUCUCAGGAGAACAGCUGCCAAAGCCCACCAAAGGUCGCAUGCGUAUCCACUGCCUGGAGAAUGUUGAUAAAGCCCUGCAGUUUCUCAAGGAGCAAAAGGUCCAUCUAGAAAACAUGGGCUCCCAUGACAUUGUGGAUGGGAAUCACCGCCUCACACUGGGUCUCAUCUGGACCAUUAUCCUUCGCUUCCAGAUCCAGGACAUCAGUGUGGAGACGGAAGACAACAAGGAGAAAAAGUCAGCUAAAGAUGCCCUGCUGCUUUGGUGCCAAAUGAAAACUGCUGGAUAUCCCAACGUCAACAUCCACAACUUCACAACCAGCUGGCGAGAUGGUCUGGCGUUCAAUGCCAUAGUGCACAAACACAGAUCUGACCUGAUUGAGUUUGACAACCUGAAAAGAUCCAAUGCUCACUACAAUCUUCAGAAUGCUUUCAAUGUCGCUGAGAAGGAACUGGGCCUUACCAAGCUGCUGGACCCAGAAGAUGUCAAUGUUGAUCAGCCUGAUGAAAAGUCCAUCAUUACAUAUGUGGCCACCUACUAUCAUUACUUCUCCAAGAUGAAAGCCCUGGCAGUGGAGGGCAAAAGAAUUGGCAAGGUGCUGGACUAUGCGAUUGAGGCUGACCAGCUGAUAGAGAAGUAUGAAACCCUGGCUUCAGAGCUGCUGCAGUGGAUUGAGCAGACCAUAGGGACACUCAAUGACAGGCAGCUAGCUAACUCACUGAGUGCUGUGCAGAACCAGCUCCAGGCUUUUAACUCCUACCGGACUGUGGAGAAACCCCCCAAAUUUACAGAGAAAGGAAACUUGGAGGUUCUUCUUUUCACUAUCCAAAGCAAGAUGCGAGCAAACAACCAGAAAGUUUACAUGCCAAGAGAGGGCAAACUUAUCUCAGACAUCAACAAGGCAUGGGAGCGCCUGGAAAAGGCAGAGCAUGAACGUGAGCUGGCUCUACGAAAUGAGCUGAUUCGACAAGAGAAGCUGGAGAUGCUCGCUGCUCGUUUUGACCGCAAAGCAGCUAUGAGGGAGACAUGGCUGAGUGAGAACCAGAGGCUGGUGUCUCAGGACAACUUUGGAACUGAUUUGGGAGCGGUGGAAGCUGCCACCCGUAAACACGAGGCAAUUGAGACAGACAUUGGGGCAUAUUGGGAGCGUGUUGCUGCUGUGGAGGCCGUUGCCAAAGAGCUGGAAGCAGAAGGAUACCAUGAUGUGCGGCGUAUACUUGCUCGAAGGGAUAAUGUGCUUCGACUCUGGGAAUACCUGAAAGAGCUUCUGGUUGCACGCAGAGAGCGGCUGCAUGCCCACCGUGACCUACAGAGACUGUUCCAGGAGAUGCGUUACAUCAUGGACUGGAUGGCAGAUAUGAAGAGUCGUCUGCAGUCUCAGGACAGUGGCAAACAUUUGCAUGAUGUGUUGGACCUACUUCAGAAACACACUUUGGUAGAGGCUGACAUUUCAGCUCAGGCAGAGAGGAUCAAGGCAGUGCAGGGAGCAGCACAGCGCUUCACUUCCUAUGAACAGGUCUACAAACCAUGCGAGCCUGGACUAGUUAGUGAAAAGGUUGACCAGCUGGGUCAAGCCUACGAAGAGCUUGGUCAGCUUGCUGGAAACCGCAGAGAGCAGCUGGAGGACUCCCGCCGUCUGUGGCAGUUCAUGUGGGAUCUCGGAGAGGAGGCAGCCUGGAUCCGAGAGCAGGAGCAGAUCCUGGCUAGUGGAGACUGUGGGCGUGACCUCACUUCUGCUCUUCACCUGCUCAGUAAACAUGAGGCUUUCAGAGAUGAGAUGGCUGCACGCUAUGGUCCCCUGAGUAACAGCAUUGCUGCCGGGGAAGCUUUGGUUAACGAGGGACACUUUGGAGCCCCAGAGGUCACAGAGAGGAUUCAAGACAUCCGUGCACAGUGGGCACAUCUUGAGGAUACAACUAAGCUGAGAGAGCAGAGUCUCAAAGAAGCUGUGGCCCUGCAUCAGUUCCAAACAGAUGCAAAUGACAUGGAGGCCUGGAUCAUGGAGACACUUAGACAGGUGUCAAGUCAGGAGUUGGGCCACGAUGAGUUCUCCACUCAAACUCUAGCUCGCAAGCAGAGGGAGAUAGAUGAGGAGAUCCAAAGCCACCGCCCCCUCAUCGACUCCUUGCAAGAGCAGGUUCAAGCACUACCGCAAGCCUAUAUACAAAUCCCUCAGGUGGAUGGCCGCCUACCUGCUAUUGAACAGCGCUAUGAAGAACUGGAGACUCUUUCAGUAGCUCGGCGGCAGGCUCUGGAAGGUGCCCUGGCCCUUUACCGCAUGUUCAGUGAAGCAGGCGCCUGCCAGCUCUGGGUGGAAGAAAAGGAGCAGUGGUUAGAUGGCAUGGAGAUCCCUACCAAACUGGAAGACUUAGAGGUGGUGCAGCAGAGAUUUGAGACUCUUGAACCUGAGAUGAACAACCUAGGCACUCGAGUCACUGAUGUUAAUCAGGUGGCAGAGCAGCUGCUGAGCUCUGACAACUGUAGCAAAGACCAAAUCCACCAGACACGAGACCAACUCAACAACAGAUGGACAGAGUUUGAACAACUGGCUGGUCAAAAGAAACAUGCCCUAGAGUCUGCCCUCAACAUCCAGAACUACCACCUGGAGUGUAAUGAGAUCCAGACUUGGAUGAAGGAAAAGACCAAGGUGAUUGAAUCCACUCAGAGUCUGGGCAAUGACCUGGCUGGAGUGAUGGCACUGCAACGCAAACUCACUGGCAUGGAGAGGGACCUGGAGGCCAUUCAGGGCAAAUUGGAUGACCUAAGAAAUGAGGCAGAAAAGCUGGCCAUGGAACAUCCAGAUCAGGCAGGAGAGAUCCAAGGCCGUCUGGCUGGGAUUCAAGAGGUGUGGGAGGAGUUGAACGCAACCAUGAAGCGACGUGAGGAAUCACUGGGUGAAGCCAGCAAGCUGCAGGGCUUCCUCAGGGAUCUGGAUGACUUUCAGUCCUGGUUGUCCCGCACCCAGACAGCUGUGGCCUCAGAAGAUAUUCCCACUUCUCUGCCUGAGGCAGAGAGUUUACUAGCCCAGCAUGAGAAUAUAAAGAAUGAGGUGGAUAACUAUAAGGAGGACUAUGAGAAGAUGCGUGCAGUCGGUGAGGAGGUGACCCAAGGUCAGACAGAUGCCCAGCACAUGUUCUUGGCUCAGAGGCUCCAGGCACUGGAUACUGGAUGGCAUGAGUUGCGUCGCAUGUGGGAGAACCGCCACAGUCUUUUGGCCCAAGCCUUUGACUUCCAGACUUUCCUAAGAGAUGCAAAGCAGGCAGAAGCUUUCCUGAACAGCCAGGAGUAUGUGCUGUCACAUACAGAGAUGCCUGCCAGUCUUCAGGGAGCAGAAGAGGCCAUUAAGAAGCAUGAGGAUUUCCUCACUACCACAGAGGCCAGUGAGGAGAAGAUAACUGGUGUAGUGGAGACCGGACGGCGGCUCAUUAAUGAAUCUAAUGCAAACUCUGAUAAGAUCCAGGAAAAAGUUGAUUCCAUCCAGGAAAGACAUCUUAGAAAUAAGGAGGCUGCAAAUGAAUUGCUGACAAAGCUUAAGGACAACCGUGAACUUCAGCACUUCCUCCAAGAUGGGCAGGAGCUCACAUUGUGGAUCAAUGAGAAGAUGCUGACGGCACAGGACAUGUCUUAUGAUGAGGCCAGAAAUCUUCACAGCAAGUGGCAGAAGCACCAGGCCUUCAUGGCAGAGCUGGCCUCUAACAAAGACUGGCUGGACAAAAUUGACAAGGAGGGUCAGGCUCUGGUGGCAGAGAAGCCUGAGCUGAAACCUGUUGUCCAGCAGACCCUGGAGGACCUACAGCGUCAGUGGGAGGAGCUGGAAGGCACCACACGCACCAAGGCCCAGUGUUUGUUUGAUGCCAACAGGGCUGAGCUUUUCACACAGAGCUGCUCCGCUCUAGAUGUCUGGCUGAAGAACCUCGAGGGUCAGCUACAUAAUGACGAAUAUGGCAAAGAUUUGACCAGUGUCAACAUCCUGCUCAAGAAGCACCAGAUGCUGGAGCACCAGAUGGAGGUCAGAGAGAAGGAGGUGCAGUCCCUGCAGUCUCAGGCUCUGGCGCUGUCCCAGGAGGACGCUGGACUAGCAGAGGUAGAUGGUCAGCAAAGGCGUGUCACUGACAACUUCUCAAACCUCCAGGAGCCUCUUAAACUGAGGAGACAGAGACUACUCGCGUCCAAAGAAGCACAUCAGUUCAACAGAGAUCUGGAGGAUGAAAUUCUAUGGGUGAAAGAGAGGAUGCCCCUGGCAACCUCCACAGACCAUGGGAAAGAUCUGCCUACCGUUCAGCUGCUUAUCAAGAAGAACCAGACAUUACAGAAGGAGAUCCAGGGCCACCAGCCUCGCAUUGAUGACAUCCACAGACGGGGAAAGACUCAGAGCCAGGUGGAUGGUGAGAGACAGUCUGUCCUAGAGGAGCGUCUUGUUGAGCUGAAGGACCUUUGGGACCAACUGAUUGGCGAGACAGACAAACGUCAUGCACGUUUAAUAGAGGCCAAUCGCGCCCAGCAGUUCUAUGCUGAUGCAGCGGAAGCCGAAGCCUGGAUGGGCGAACAAGAGCUACACAUGAUGUCAGAAGAAAAGGCCAAGGACGAGCAAAGCGCACUAGUGAUGGUCAAGAAGCACCAUAUCCUGGAACAGGCACUUGAGGACUACGCCCAAACUAUUCACCAGCUAGCUAAUAGCAGCCGUCUCAUGGUCACCAGUGAACACCCAGAGAGCGAGAGAAUUACCUUACGGCAAGCCCAAGUGGACAAGCUGUAUGCAGGGUUGAAGGACCUCGCUGAGGAGCGUCGUGGGCGGCUUCAAGAGAGACUGCGGCUGACCCAGCUGAAGCGUGAGGUGGAUGACCUAGAGCAGUGGAUUGCUGAGAGGGAGGUGGUUGCUGGCUCCCAUGAACUAGGACAGGACUAUGAACAUGUCACAAUGCUAAGGGACAAGUUCCGGGAGUUUGCUCGUGACACCAGCACUAUUGGCCAAGAGCGAGUAGAUGGUGUAAAUGGGUUGGCAGAUGACUUGAUUGAGUCGGGUCAUCCUGAAAAUGCCAGCGUGGCUGAGUGGAAGGACGGGUUAAAUGAGGCCUGGGCAGAUCUGCUGGAGCUGAUUGACACACGCACACAAAUGUUGGCCGCCUCCUAUGAAUUGCACCGCUUCCAUCAGGAUGCCAUGGAGGUGCUCGGACGUGUUAAGGAAAAGCAUGAGGCACUGCCUUCUGACCUUGGCCGUGAUCUGAACACUGUCCAGCAUCUACACAGGCAGCACAACACUUUUGAACAUGACAUCCAGGCCCUCAGUGGACAGGUGAACCAGGUGCAAGAGGAUGCAGCACGGCUGCAGAAGGCGUAUGCUGGAGAGAAAGCUGAUGACAUUCACAGGAGUGAAAAUGCUGUGACAUCUGCAUGGGAGGGCUUGCUCGAGGCUGGCCAGGCCCGCAGGCUCCUCCUGCUGGACACAGUGGAGAAGUUCCGCUUCUUCAACAUGGUGCGAGACCUCAUGCUGUGGAUGGAUGGUGUCAACCUGCAAAUUGAUGCACACGACAGUCCAAGGGAUGUAUCAUCUGCAGGGCUGGUCAUUGCCAAUCAUCAGGACAUCAAAUCAGAGAUUGAGACCAGGGCUGACAGCUUUACUGCCUGUACUGAGAUGGGAAAUACUCUCAUUAACAAUAAUCACUAUGCAGCUGAUGAGAUUCGGGAGAAACUGGUUCAGCUCCAGGAAAAGAGAGACAGGAUCAACAAAAACUGGCAAGACAAGAUGGACCAUCUACAAAUUGUGCUGGAGGUGCUGCAGUUUGGACGGGAUGCCUAUGUGGCAGAGUCUUGGUUGGCGGGUCAAGAACCUCUGGUGCGAGCAGCAGAGCUGGGCACAAAUGUGGAUGAGGUCGAGAGCCUAAUUAAGCGUCACGAGGCCUUUGAAAAACUUGCUGCAGCCUGGGAAGAUCGCUUUGUCCUACUGGAGAAACUAACUACACUUGAGGAGCAGGAGAUCCAGAGGAGGCGAGAGGAAGAGGAGAGGGCGCGCCGACCCCCCACACCACCCCCAGCUGAAGAAGUGGCACAAUCUGAGACAGAAAGUCAUGUACAUGAUUCUGCAGCCAGAACCAGUCUGGACCAGACCACCCUCAAUCAGUCUGUGUCAGUGAAUGGAGUACACAGUGAUAAUGACACAUCUCAGGGCUCAGAGUCGGAGUCGGUGAACGGACCAGGUCGGGACAGUGGACUGGCAUCUUCUCGCCUCGAGCCGUCUGCCACGUUACCAAGCAGGGGCGGAGCAGAGUCUGAGCCAGACACCAUGGAGGGGAUGCUCUGUCGAAAACAGGAGAUGGAGUCCCACAGCAAAAAGGCAGCUAGCAGGUCUUGGCAGAACGUGUACUGUGUCUUAAGAAAAGGAAGUCUGGGUUUCUAUAAAGAUGGCAAGAGUGCCAGCAACGGCAUUCCAUAUCAUGGAGAGGUACCAAUCAGCCUUGGUGAGGCUGUGUGUGAGGUAGCAAACGGUUAUAAGAAGAGGAAACAUGUAUUCAAGCUCAGGCUAGGAGAUGGAAAAGAGUACCUGUUCCAAGCAAAGGAUGAGUCGGAAAUGAGCUCCUGGAUCCAGUCCAUCCUCAGUUCCAUUCCAACAGGAUCAGGAGACUCACCCGGAGGUCCGCGGGCCCUCAGCCGUGCCAUGACGAUGCCUCCCAUCUCCCCCAGCUCAGGUGAUGCUGGAGGUGUCACCAUGCGCAACAAAGAAGGGAAAGAUAAGGAUCGAGAGAAGAGGUUCAGCUUCUUUGGCAAGAAGAAAUAGAACACUUGUAAAAUCGGUGAUGGAAACUACAUUUGUCAAAUUUCAACACAGAGAAGCAGGCAGAAUGAAAAGUACAAACAGGUCAAACCACACACUGCUUUCAGUGCAGGCCCGAAGGAAUUUGUCAAAAGCUACUGUACGUGGCACACAGUGAACUUUGUUUCUUUUCUUUAUCUCCCUCGCCAGUUUUAUCUGUCAUUUAUUUUUUCGUUCACACAAUUCUUAUUUCACAUUUAUCUGCACCCAACAAUGAAAGCCCUCAUCCAAAGGCAGUUUCAGCCAACCAGCAGAGCUCAACGUGAGUCAGUAACAGGUCUGGUUGUCAUUAGCAGGGAUCCAGGCCCAGUUCACUUCCAAUCUCUUCUUCAGCAUGAAUAUUUUCUUUUCUGUGAGUCUUGACUAGCAGAGUCAUUUUAAUGCUGUGUCACUAAUAAAACACUGGAUGGUGGCUUUCCACUGUGGUGCACUCUGGUUUUAUUCCCCUCGCUCUUAAGUGCUCUCUCUUUGGGAAGGAUCACAUCAGUCUUUUUUUCUGUUCUCGGUAUUGAUGUUAUUAACCUGACCAAUAUUAUUGCUAUUAUUAUUAUUAUUAUUUAUCUUUUGCUGUUGCUGGUUUGAGAAAACUAAUUUGACAGAAGAUGAUCUUGAUUCAUGUUGUGGAGAGAAAUAAAUUUAGUUAAACUAGUGGAGAAUGUUGGGCUUGCCCUUGUAUGUAUUUCUUUUAUUGAGGUGUUUUGAGAAAAAAUAAAACUCUUUCAAUUUUAGCAGCGUGGAGUAAGUGAUCACACGUUUCUUUGGGAAAUUAUAUAUAAAUAUAUAUAUAUUUAAUAAGUGGUUUUAUUUUUUAUUUUAUCUCUAAUUUUGCCUGUAUUUGAUUAUUUCUUUUGAGUGGUCUUUUCUGCUUGAUUUUCAAUUUUUUUUCUGUACAAAGCAGAUAAGAUUAGUUUUCUAGUGUGUGUUUGUGUGUGUGCGUGUGCGCGCGCGUGUGUGUGAGUGAGUUGUGGUGCUGUGGGAUUUUGCACGUUUAUGUUAUUCCUAAUUAAACGUGGCCAGACUGAUGCUGCUUUACGGUACGCAAAUGUAGACAAAAGCCAGAUAAACUCAAACUCAAAACAUUACUGGAAUUAUUUCAUCAAAAUGCCUUUUCUUUUCUUUUUUUUUAUGUGUAAGAAGAAAUUACCAAUGAAGUUCCCCAAGACGGUUUCAUUAUUUCUGUUUCUCUCUCCAUCUACUGUUGUGAAUGCACGGGGCAGUGUGUAGAUAAAAAGCUGAAGCACAUGUGAGCAGGACAGACGGACAGCUGACAGGUCUCAUUGCAGGUGAAAUGAAGGGUAUGGAAGUGAUAGGCAGUGAAAAAUAUGGUUUGUGUGCUACCUGACAGAGAGAGGUGUACCGAGCCUUACUGGAACCCACUACAGAUACACUGAACCUUUUUUUUUUUUUGUUUGUUUUUUUACAAACCCACCUCCGAUUCAAACAGUCUUAAAGAAAGCUUUCUCGGUACAAAUGAUAGGAAUGUUAAACAUGUGCCCUGUGGCAAUGAUCUAAUGUAUGUCAGUGGAUUGUAUAUGCAGGUAUGAUAUGAAUCAACUGAGGGAGAAGUCCUGAAUUCUCUAUUAAACGAGCUUAGCUCUUCCAUAUGUGGCAUGACUUCAUGUAAGUUUAUACUCGUAUGUGUCUCAUCAUCUGUUCUCUUCUGUGUUGGUGUAAUCACUUCAUAUUCAGGGUUAAGAGCAACUAAUUAUAUAUAAUUGGCAUUUACGUUCAUCCAAAACAAUAUAAAGGCAAUCUAACAAAAAUCAAUGUUUAGUCUCCUCAAAUACUGAACAUGUUUGAUAGGAAAGAGGUAUUUACAGUAUAUUGUGAAACUAGACAGUAGCUCAAUUACACAGAAACAUCUUGAGACCAUUGGAGGGGUUGGUAACUGUUUAGUCACUUAAAUCCAAGUGUUCACAUGCCUUUGUAACUGCCAAAAUGCAAAAGGAAGAUUUCUUUUUUUAAAUCUUCAGUAGGUUGCAUUUUUCGCAGAUAAUUAAUAAUUUGAAAUGUAUUAGAUGUUGAAAGUAACUCUUUAAAGCUGGUACCUGCCUGGAUGCGUCACAGGAAUGUCACACCAAACUGUUGUGAUAACACACACAGGGGGAAGUAAACUUGCAUUUGGUUGCAGUUUUAAGCCGGUCGGCCUUAUUCUUCCAGUCCCAAACGAAUGUGCAGCCGUUGUUCAAAUCUGAAACCCAAUAUCCACUUUGAGACGAUUAUUGAUCUGGGUUAAUUUGACAGCACCCAACCUUGCCUUGUCUCUGUCAGUGGGACUUAGCAUCCUGGGUAUGUGGCAGAGCUCCCUAUAGUUACAGUCUAGUUAAAGUAGCCUCAAACUGAAAGUUAAACCGGUCAACGAGGUCAUUGCAUACAUGAGUGAGCCGACGCAGUUUAGCACAUUGUGCACAAUUUCUUAUGGAUCAUUCUUCCCCAGUGGACGAGCUGUUUUUAGUAAACACUUCUACUUCUCAGCUCCGCACAUCCUCCAUUCGCUGUUAUAGGGAGUUCAAGUUUAUAGCUCACACAGUGUAUUUUCUUAUCAGCUCAUUUGAAUGUGUGAAGAUUCAAAUUAGUUUUUGGCCAAAUUGGUCACGUGAAGCAAAAAUGUUCUUGACACACUGUACACAAGCUCUCUCUCUUUCACACACACAUUGAUACUGUACUGUAUAUUCAAUGCAGAAUGACCUUGGCAAUCCAGUCUUGUGGGAAUGUCCCUGGCUAAUUCGAUGUUGCAUACAGCACCCUUUUAAAAAAAAUAAAUACCAUUGUGCUACUGGUGAGCUUCGAGCAGAACAUGGGACGUGUGUAUUAUUGAUGUCAAAGAGAUGAGUCUUUGGUUAUGAGAGAACUCGUCACAAUGGAGAACUUAAUGAAGAAAAAAUUACAACUUUUACUUGUUGAGUAUUAGAUAUGAGUGAAAACAGACUGGUGACAAUUUUAGCUUCCUUUUUUUUUUUUUUUUUUUUUUCCAAGAAGGCAGGAUCUUUGCUGUCUAGUGGGAGCUUGUAUUUUUUCAUCCAGUAGUCUGUCUUGCAGCAUUUGAUAAGCCUGUUCGACAACUUUCAUUUCUGAUUUACUUUUGACGAAUGUCUGUUCCUUCCUCUGUAAUUCAGAGCUGUUAAUACCACUACUAUUAUUAAUUGCUAUUAUUAUCAUUAUUGCUACUGUUGUUACUAUUACUACUACUGUUACUAAUGCAACUUAUUGCAAAAAGUAUAACUGCUGUCCAUUUUCAGGUACGUGUCUGUAAUACCAGACCCUUCCACACGAUGUCAGUGUGCUGUGGAGCAUUUUCAUUACGAAUCGAAAAUAAUGUUUGUUGACUUGUGUAUCUACAUCUAAUAUUAGGAAUAAUAAAACAUGGUUUAAUGAAAA